CUCUAAAAAUCCCAAAAAAUACAGCAAGACUAUUUUUCCCCCGCUGGAAGAUCCAAGCAGCCGAAAAAGCCCCAAACUCAAUUCGAGGCCCGUGGGCCAGCAGCGCCUUAUCCCUUCGCCUUCCGCCUCCGUGGCGCGCGCGCUCGCACGAACGGAAGUCCCAUGUCGUCCACCGCAGCGCGCGCCGUCCCGCCGGCAGCCGCGGCGCCGCCUCCCCUCCCACGCCGCCUGAGGCCCGCGAGGUGCACGGCCGGAGCCGCCGCGGCGGAGACGACGGCCACCGCGGGGCCGACUAGGGUGACGACCGUCAGCAACCGCGGGGACUCCCUGGCGAUAUGCCGGGUGCUCAACGGCAUGUGGCAGACCAGCGGAGGGUGGGGCCGCAUAGACCGCGACGCCGCUGUUGACGCCAUGCUCGCGUACGCCGACGCCGGACUCUCCACCUUCGAUAUGGCUGACCACUAUGGGCCAGCAGAGGAUUUGUAUGGCAUGUUCAUCAACAGAGUUAGGCGGGAGCGCCCACCUGAGUUUCUCGAAGAAAUCAAGGGGCUUACAAAGUGGGUACCACCACCGGUUAAGAUGACAAGAAGUUAUGUCGAGGAUAACAUCAACAGAUCCAGGAAGAGGAUGGAUGUUGCUGCGUUGGACAUGUUGCAGUUCCACUGGUGGGAAUACUCAAAUCCAGGAUACUUGGAUGCACUAAAGCACAUCACAGACCUGAAGGAGGAAGGCAAGAUAAAGACUGUGGCCCUGACAAACUUCGAUACAGACAGACUGCAAAUAAUUCUAGAAAAUGGAAUCCCAGUUGUGAGCAACCAGGUUCAACAUUCUAUCGUUGAUAUGCGCCCUCAGCAGAGAAUGGCAGAGCUUUGCCAGCUAACUGGAGUUAAACUUAUAACGUAUGGCACAGUGAUGGGUGGUCUUUUGUCUGAAAAGUUUCUUGACACCAAUGUAUCAAUACCUUUUGCUGGUCCUCCUCUAAAUACCCCAUCCUUGCAGAAAUAUAAGAGGAUGGUCGAUGCUUGGGGUGGCUGGAGCCUGUUCCAGACUUUGCUUCAAACCUUAAAGAAGGUGUCACUGAAACACGGUGUUUCUAUUGCAACGGUUGCUGUGAGAUACAUACUGAACCAGACAUCUGUUGCAGGUUCCAUGGUUGGUGUGAGAUUGGGACUCUCUGAACACAUCAAAGACACCAACGCCAUAUUCUCACUUGAAUUGGAUGAAGAGGACAUGAACAGCAUUACUGAAGUAUCGAAGAAGGGCAGAAAUUUGAUGGAUAUUAUUGGGGAUUGUGGUGACGAGUACCGAGCUUAGUUGUUCAUGCUGCUGCUGGGCUCGUAUAGACCUAUACCCGUGCCCAAUUUUCCACAGCUCUAAAAUUUUGGCUAUUUUGCGCAAAGUCUAGUGGCUCAGAGCAUUGUUGAGGUAAGCCUAUACCUGAAUGCCUAUUAUUCAGGUGCCAGCAUGUAACCUCCAGCCCACCACGGAGGAAACUCUAGUUAUAAAACUGUAAAUACACAGCGAUGCAGAUGGCUUAAUGUGGUAAUUUGUUCAUAAUCCUUUUUAGCAA